GACUGGGCGCACGAGGCCGGGCAGCAAGCGGCGGGACUUCCGGCUCAUCGUGAAGCAAGGGCUCGCCGGGUGCAUGGUGCCCUUCAAGAGCUCGGAUGUCUACAUUGCCAAGUUCGGCACCCUCUGUGUGCAGCCCAUCCCGUUCCUCCUGCACGCCGUCUCGCCGCCCGCACUGCAGCCUGACGGGCUCUGGCACUUCAGCUCGUCGGUCAAAGACAUUCCCAAGGUGGGGUAUCGAGCACUGUUUAUUGAAGUUGAUUUCAAGCAUGGGCCCUACCAUAAGCCCUUUGUUCUCACCACUGAAUCCAUGAUAGCACCAAACACAUUUCCAUUUGCCCCAUGCAAUACCACUGCAUGCUUUACUGGAUUUGCGUGA